AUCUGUACCGUUAAAAACAGUUGAUGAUCCAAACACGUAAUCAAUCAUCAACCAGUUCAAAAGCACGAGAGAGAUGGAGACAGAGAUCGUACUACAAGAGCAAUUUUGAUUUUUUUAUGGUUGUUCUCUCAUGCUCUCUGCAAAUCGUAGACAGUGACACACCAUACGAACGAUCUCUCAGAAGCUCAAUCAAAACCCUAACUUUCACUCUAAAUCUUCGCAUUUCAUGUUCUCGUCCAUGGAUUCAUCAAUUUUGCCCUAGAAUUUGAUGCAAGAUUGAUCGCGGACUCUGUACCUGUUCGUCGUUGUCUCGGACCUGUGUUUGAGCUGCAAAAGCGCUAAAUUGACUUGCUUGUUCUGAUUUCGAUUUCGCUGCCUCGACUUCUUGUCAUUUUUGGCCGUAAUUGAUUUAUAAAGUUCAAAUCUUUAUACUCAUCGUGCUUUUUUUUUUGUGUGUGUGUGUGGCUUGGGCGAAAAUCUGAUGAAAAACGAUGAUGAUUUACAUAAUCACUGCCAAAACAUUGAUGCACAUAUAUACGUAUAUAUAUUGUGUGCGUAGACUCUGUAAUUCGUUAAAAUGCACUGUUGUAAUACAAUUUUAAGUAUUGCAGGAUGGUUUGAGGAAUUAUUGAGGUGUUGGUGGAAUUGAAUCAUUGGUAGUAGUGAGAUGGAUAAACCUACAAAGGAGGCGGAGGCAAAGGAGUCGAAAACGCCUACUAUGCAGGAACAGUCUUCAUAUACACCCACUGGCACUGCUAAUCCUGAGUGGUCUGGUUUUCAGUUAUUUGGUAUGUAUUGUGUUUGUAACAGGCAUAUUCUCCUAUGCAUCCACAUGGGUUCUUGGCAUCGAGCCCUCAAGCUCACCCCUACAUGUGGGGAGUUCAGGUCAAACUGUUCCUCAUAUGAUGCUAUUCUACUGCACAUCAUGCCGCCCUAUGGUACGCCACCGCACCCAUAUGUUGCAAUGUAUCCCCAUGGUGGCAUAUAUGCUCAUCCAUCUAUGCCUCCGGGAUCUUAUCCUUUUAGUCCUUUUGCUAUUCCUUCCCCUAAUGGCAUUGCUGAGGCUUCUGGGAAUAUGCCUAGCAGCAUGGAAGCAGAUGGCAAGUUGUCUGAGGGGAAGGAAAAACUGCCCAUCAAGAGAUCUAAGGGAAGUUUGGGCAGUUUAAAUAUGAUCACGGGUAAAAACAAUGAACCUGGUAAAACCUCAGGAGCCUCUGCUAAUGGAGCCUAUUCCAAAAGUGUUGAAAGUGCGAGUGAAGGUUCAAGCGAAGGAAGUGAUGCAAAUUCUCAAAAUGACUCACAAAUGAAGUCAGGAUCCAGGCAAGAUUCUUUCGAAGCUGAAGCAUCUCAGAAUGGUGGAACUAUGCAUGGUUCUCAGAACGGAGGACCAAAUACACCUCCAAUGAUGGUGAACCAAACAAUGCCCAUCAUGCCAAUGGCAGCAACAGGUGCUCCAGGUGUACCUGGUCCCACCACAAACUUAAAUAUUGGUAUGGACUACUGGGGUGCUGCAACUUCUUCCACUCUUCCUGCACUGCGUGGGAAGGCACCUGCUACUCCUGUUGCAGGAGGAAUGGUCACUGCUGGAUCACGGGACAGUGUUCAGUCACAGCUUUGGUUACAGGAUGAAAGAGAGCUUAAAAGACAGAGAAGGAAGCAGUCCAACAGGGAAUCUGCUCGUCGAUCCAGGUUGCGAAAGCAGGCGGAAUGUGACGAACUGGCCCAACGUGCUGAAGCUUUGAAAGAAGAAAAUGCCUCUCUUAGAUCAGAACUAAAUCGCAUCAGGACUGAGUAUGAUCAGCUUCUCGCCCAGAAUGCAUCUCUGAAG